GCUGAGGGAAGAAGGGGCUGGAACUUCUGGGUCUGAGGGAGGAGACCCUCCCUGCGUCUGAGGGAGGAGGGGCUCGGGCUUGGACUCCUGGGUCCUGCGGAAGCAGGAGGGGUCCGGGACCCAAACGCCUGAGUACCAGGAGGGGAAGAAGCCAGGAAGUUGAGGCUUGUUCUGUGCGAGAGAGAAGAAAACAGUCAGGGUAGAGGAAGAAGUCACUUUCUGGGAGGGACGUUUUUCCGUUGGCCAUAUCAUCACCAAGAUCGCCCUUCCCACGCAGGCCCAGCCUGUGGGGAACUCCAGCUCGAUAUGGAGGAAGGGAGAGGGGAAAGCCGGUGCGGGGAGGAGGCAGGGUCACCAGAGUCCCACACCCAACCGCCUCAGGACAGAAACCGCACUCCGAGGGCAGACGCCUGCAGGUCUGCAUUCUUGGUCCCCAAGCAGGUAACAGCUGAGAGGAUGGACUUCAGGGACUAGAAACAACUGCAUGAGUUCUGGAAGGGACUGGAGGCCUGGACUUCUGGGUCCCCGAGGGAGGAAGGGUGGAGAGAGCGAGAGGCUCAGAUUUCUGGGUCUCGGGGAGGACAAGGACUGGCAGUUUGAACAUUAAAGCUACAAAGCUGGAGGAAGGAAGCUGGGGGCCCCUGGAAGCUAAAGGGCUGGCUGCUCGGUUCUGAGACUGGAAGUGGCAGUUUGGGGGUGAGGUCCCGGAGAGCAUGGAGGUCAUACUCUCGGCCCUGACAGUGUCCUGCAGGCAUUCGAUCGUGGACUUUGGUUCUGCUGGAACGCGGACAGCCCCACCUCACAACCCAGCCCUCUUCCCCAAACCUCUCACGCAGCCCCAGUCCCGGGACAGAGGGAGCCAGAGGGCCUCCGGACAGACCCCAGCAUGUGGGGAUACCUGUCCCUGCUGCCUGCCUUCCUGGCCUUCUGGGCUAUUGCUGGCAUCUGGACCGUGUUUUCGAUCGCUGUGGCCAAUAAGGCUGUGAACCUCACAGAAGGCUUCCCCUAUAUCAGUCAGUGUGGAAAUCGCCCCCCUCAGAGCUGCAUCUUCAGCCAGGUGCUCAACCUCGGAGCUGCUUUGGCCGCCUGGAUCUGCAUCCUCCGUUACCACCAGCUUCGGGACUGGGGGGUCGCAAAGUGGCUUAGCCAGCUGAUCCUGUGGACGGGGCUCCUCUGUGCACUGGGCACCUCCGUAGUGGGCAACUUCCAGGAAAAGAACCAGCGGAUCGUACACCUGACGGGGGCCUUCUUCGCCUUCUUCGUGGGAAUUGUCCACUUCUGGCUGCAGCUCCUUCUCUCCUGUAGGAUGAAGAACCUGCCCCAGCCUGGGGAUCCCUGGAUCAGGCCACUCCGUCUGGUCCUCUGCAGCAUUUGCACCGUCCUCAUGGUGGCCAUGGUCGUCCUCCACGCUUGCUCACUGCGCUCAAUCUCCGCGGCCUGUGAGUGGGCCGUCGCCAUGACGCUGUUCAUCCUCUUCGGCCUCUUUGCCGUGGACUUCUCCAGCCUGCACAGCUGCACCCGGUGUCUCCAGCAGGUCCCUGGCAGCCUCAGCCUCCCGCCGGCCUCCCCCAUCUCCCUGCAUGUCCAGCUCUGAACAACUGGUCAGCGCAGCAUCUUCACACCUCCUGUCCCUGACGUCUGGUUCCGCCCCUGCAACCAGGGCCACCCAGGAAGCGAGAGGCCAAGGCCAGCCAGCCAUCCCUGAUCAAGGAUAUUUAUUAUUAUUAUUAUUAUUAACUAUUCUUUUUUUUUGCCGCCGGCGGAAUCAGAGACACGGACGCAGGCAGGAUCACGCGAAAUCAGAAUUCCUUCCGCAGAGCAAAUCCGUACAGAAGGUCGUGGGGGAAGGGAGAGGACCAGGGGAGGGGGGCCCAGGAAGGGGGAGUUGGGGACACAAGGACAGAUGGCCCUGUCUGUCCGGAUCUGCUAAGCCAUCCCAACAAGCCCCCAUCCCUACCCCACCCCUCCCC